AUGUCAGACGAAAACGCCGCUUUGAAAAUCGUACCUAAUUUUGUGGUUUCUAAACUUGUUUCUAAAGUCGAUGAUGAUGAUGGCCCAUUUUUAUCGCAAAUAUUGGCGAUGCGGUCCAUAAAGUCAACAAGAUUACUUCUACGUUUAAUGAUUGACGAUUCUGAUACUCAUUAUCAGCUUGGAUCAAAGUAUGGUGUAGAAAUAGAUGAUGUUUCGAGUGUCCUACAAACUGCUCAACAGUUGCAACUAAAUGUUGUUGGAAUAAGUCACAAGUACUUGACCUCUUUUAAUAUAGCCAGUAACGCGAUCAAUGCUGUAUCUGUAGAGAAAAAAUCUGCGGGUUAUAAUUUUAAUAUAUUAAAUAUUGGUGGAGGGUUUCCGGGAUACGCAGAUUCUAUAUUUGAAAAAAUAUGUGUUGAUGUAAACAAGGCCCUAGAUGAACAUUUUCCACUUGCUAGUAACGUUAAAAUUAUCUCUAGUGCAGGUCGCUAUUUUGCAGCAUCUGCCUUUCAUUUGACCGCGAGCGUUGUUAGCAAGCGAGAAUUGAAGUGCAGUAGAAAUAUGGGAGCCUAUGCAUUGACUCUGCACACAAGUUUUAAUGGUCUUGAUAAGGCUUCGGUGUAUCACUUUAUUGAUCGCAAGACUUGGGAUGCUAUGAAAGACAAGCUAUUGCCAUAUUUCAAUAAUAUCAGUGAAGUUGAUUUAUAA